GCGAAGUGGAGCGGCGCCGGCGGCCAGGGCGAGGGCCAGCCAGUGCCUGGGCCCGCGGCUUGGAGGUGUCUUUCUAGCUAGGAUUGGGGGUAGGGGUGGGCGCUGGCGACGCGAGAAGUUGUCGUGGUUCCCGGGGGAUACGGCCUGAGGGCGGGGCCUCAAGCGCAGAGAAGGGAAGGCGCCUCGGGGUAACGCUGGAGGCUGCGGCUCAGGCGAGAGGUGUCCGGGAGCCCCAGCCCGAUCUGUCCUGCCCAAUGGGCUCCGGGGAACCACCUCUACCCCCGGGAAGGUCAGGCCGGGGACCGCCGGCUCCGCCGCCGCAGAGAUGCCCACCUUGCCAAGAUGGCGACUCCCGGAGAGACACUCCCAAGGGGACAGCCAUGUUAGUGGCCUGACAAAGUCCCCAAAGAAAAUUGGAAAGCCCGCCUCUUCUCCGACACACACGAACAGGCACACGCACUAACACCUCCGCCGUGCAGCCCGUGUAAUUGGGGGCGGACGGCCGCUUCCACGCCGACACUGAGCAUGUGCAGUGUGGAGUCCAAGAAACGCGAGAGUCCCGCAGACGCAGUUUCAACACUUAGGGCUCCGGGACUGAGUUUAACAGAGGCAGCGGUUUCAGGGCCAGUGAAACCGUGACCUAUUUAUGGGGGUGUUAGGACAGGGCUUUCGUGCUCAGUGAUGGUUCUCUGUGGGGUGAGUGGCAGGGCUUCUCUGGAGUCACUCGAGGUGCGUGGAGUGACUGAGGUUUGUGGCCAGAGACGGUCAUCUGAGUGACUAUUAGAUGCGGGAAUGGAUGUUCCUUGAAGUGGAUGGUUUCUUGGAGUCUCUGCGGAGCCCCUGGGCCAGACCCCGCUGUGAAGGCUGCAGGAUCUUCCUUCCCACCAGAGCAGCUCUGGUUGAGUCCUCGGACCCACCUGGCCUCGGGCUCCCAGGAAGAGCAGAGUUGCCCCCAGGAGAGCCCGAGGGCUGAGGCCCAGCGGGAGGAUGCCCACCAACCGGAGCUCUCCCCAGUGGUCCCCAACCCGGACGGCAGUGGGACAUGGCAGCAUGUGUGAGGCAUCAGUGUCAUUUGAGGACGUGACCGUGGACUUCAGCAGGGAGGAGUGGCAGCACUUGGACCCUGCUCAGAGGCGCCUGUACCGGGAUGUGACCCUGGAGAACUACAGCCACCUGCGCUCCGUGGGGUACCACGUUCCCAAACCAGAGGUCAUCUGCAAGUUGGAGCAAGGAGAAGGGCCAUGGACGUUGGAGGAGGAAACCCCACAUCAGAGCUACUCAGAUGAGAAUAUUGGGCAAACUCAACAACAGAGAAUUUCUGGAGAAGUUUCAUUCCACUGUGAGAAAUUUGGCCAAUCUAUAGGAAAAGAUUCAUUAUGUUCCAUUUUAGAACUGUGGCAAGAUAAUGACCAGCUAGAGAGAUAUCAAGAAAAUGGAAAUAAUCCUUUAAGUCACAUGAAAGUAUUGAUUAAGGAGAGAGGCUACGAGUAUAAAAACAUCGAAAAAAUAAUUCAUGUGAGUAGCAGGCAUGUUCCUUCAAUUAAAAGACUCCGUAACUGUGACACAUUUGGAAAGAAUUUGAAGCAUACUUUAAACUUACAUAAUCAUAAUAAAAGCAAUGCAACAAAGAACUUUGAUAAGAUUUUUGAAAAUGGCAACAAUUUUGCCCAUAGUUCUUCCUCGACUAAGAACGAGAAUGCUGCUAAUACAAGAGCAAAUUCCUGUGAACUUAAUCGAUGUGAAAAACAUCUUGGCCAUAAACAAAUUCUCACCCACCAUCAGAAAAUUCAUACUGGAGAAAAACUUUAUGAAUGUGCUGAAUAUGUAAAGACCCUCACCCAGAAGUCACAUCUUUUUGAGCAUCAGAGAAUACAUGCUGGAGAAAAGUCCCAUGAAUGCAACAAAAGUGAGAACAUCUUCACUCAGAAGCCACAAAUUGAGGUGCCUCAAAGUGUUUAUACAAGAGAGAAACCCUUUAUAUGUGCUCAGUGUGGGAAGGCCUUUACUCUCAGGUCAAACCUCAUUACACAUCAGAAAAUUCAUACUGGGCAGAAACCCUAUAAAUGCAGUGAGUGUGGAAAAGCCUUUUUCCACAGAUCAUAUCUUUUUAGACAUAUGAGAAUUCAUACAGGAGAAAAACCUUAUGAGUGCAGUGAAUGUGGAAGAGGCUUCUCCCAGAAUUCUGACCUCAAUAUACAUCAGAAAACUCAUACUGGAGAGAAACACUAUGCAUGCAGUGAAUGCGGGAAAGCCUUUACAAGAAAAUCAGCACUCAGGAUGCAUCAGAGAAUUCACACAGGCGAGAAACCCUAUGUAUGCACUGAAUGUGGGAAGGCCUUCAUCCAGAAGUCCCAUUUCAAUACACAUCAGAGAAUUCAUACUGGAGAAAAACCUUAUGAAUGCAGCGACUGUGGGAAAUCAUUCAUUAAGAAAUCACAACUCCAUGUGCAUCAAAGAAUUCAUACAGGAGAAAAGCCUUACAUAUGUACAGAAUGUGGAAAGGUGUUCACUCACAGGACAAAUCUCACUACGCAUCAGAAAACUCAUACUGGAGAGAAACCGUAUAUGUGUGCCGAAUGUGGGAAGGCUUUCAGUGAUCAAUCAAAUCUCAUCAAACACCAGAAAACUCAUACCGGAGAGAAACCUUAUAAGUGCAACGGCUGUGGAAAGGCCUUCAUAUGGAAGUCACGCCUCAAGAUACAUCAGAAAUCUCACAUUGGAGAGAGACACUAUGAAUGCAAUGAAUGUGGGAAAGCCUUUAUCCAGAAAUCAACACUCAGCGUGCAUCAGAGAAUCCAUACAGGAGAGAAACCCUAUGCGUGUCCUGAAUGUGGGAAGGCCUUCAUCCAGAAAUCACAUUUCAUUGCGCAUCAUAGAAUUCAUACUGGAGAGAAGCCUUAUGAAUGCAGUGACUGUGGGAAGUGCUUCACGAAGAAGUCACAACUCCGUGUGCAUCAGAAAAUUCACACAGGAGAGAAACCCAAUAUAUGUGCUGAAUGUGGAAAGGCCUUCACUGAUAGGUCAAAUCUCAUAACACACCAGAAAAUCCAUACUAGAGAGAAACCCUAUAAAUGCAGUGAUUGUGGAAAAACCUUCACCUGGAAGUCACGUCUCACUAUCCAUCAGAAAUCUCAUACUGGAGAAAGACACUAUGAAUGCAGUAAAUGCGGGAAAGCUUUCAUCCAGAAAGCCACACUAAGUAUGCAUCAGAUAAUUCAUACAGGAAAGAAACCUUAUGCUUGUACAGAAUGUCAGAAGGCUUUCACUGACAGAUCAAAUCUCAUUAAACACCAGAAAACUCACAGUGGAGAAAAACUGUACAAAGCCAGUGAUGAAAACGCCUUCAGCUGGAAAUCACAACUAGAUCUGCACCAGCCAUCUCAUAGUGAGGACAAGGAGUGGCUGAUGCUGCUGCAAUCAUUGUGUAGGGGCACAUAGAGAUGACAGACUACAGACAGCAUAAGUGAACAGAAGGCAGACAAAGCCACGUAUCCUUUAGUCAGUUGGAAAUACAAGUACCUGCAUCACCACAGUUGAUGUGCAGUUAUAUGCAUAGGGAGAUGCUUUGAUAAAGCAUUUGAGCAAUAGCCCUGUUUGGUUUCAUGACUCACACAGGGACUCAAUCUCCUGGAAAUGGUAGAAAUAGACACACCAGGAGAUGACUUGUAAUUUCUUCUGUUUCACUUUUUGGAUAAAGGGCUUAAUAAAUUCAGCACUGAUUAUUUAUUCAUACUGUAGGUAGUAAAUGUACUCGAUACUGGCCUUUUUUUUUUUUUUUUAAUUUCUAGGGUGAGAAGAAGAGCAUUCACUGUCCAAACACCUCCAGGGCACUGAAGUUAAGGCAAAAAUCUAUUUGGGAACGUAGAUCUGUGAGUAGAAGCCAGACGUUUCUGUGGUCAUUAACAUUUAAGACACAGAAAAGGUUGCCAGGAGGAACCACUCUUUCUCUUCCCUUUGAGGAGCCGCCAUGGUAUAUUUUUUUUAAUGAAGUAGAAUUUUUAAACUUAAAAGUCUGACUUUAUGCAUUGGCAAAGUAAGCAUAGCUCUAGCCGAUGUUACAGGAAUAUAGUUAUGAAAUGUAACACACACCCAAAGGUGGCAGUUCUUCCCUCAUUGAUUCCAUGCUGUGGCAGCAGGUGAUUCACACUUGAAAAUAGUAGGCCUACCUUCUAGCCUGUACUCCAAAAGCUAUCAUUUAUGUAAGCUGCAGACCAUCAACUUCUUAUCCCCUUAAUAGCUGAUCCUAGCAAAGUCCACAGCACUUUGGACUUCCAUUCUCGUCCACUGAAGCUUCUGCUCUCUCUGGGAUUCCUGUUUGAAAAAGAAUAGUUAAGAAAUUGAGUUUCAGGAGUUCCCGUCGUGGUGCAAUGGUUAACGAAUCCGACUAGGAACCAUGAGGUUGUGGGUUCGGUCCCUGCCCUUGCUCAGUGGGUUGACGAUCCCGCAUUGCUGUGGCUCUGGUGUAGGCCAGUGGCUACAGCUCCGAUUUGACCCCUAGCCUGGGAACCUCCAUAUGCCGCAGGAGCGGCCCAAGAAAUAGCAAAAAGACAACAAAAAAAAAAAAAAAAGAAAGAAAAAAAAAGAGAAAGAAAGAAAUUGAGUUUCAAUAUAUAAAAUUUUGAUUGUUUCUCUUCCCAUUUAGUUAAUUCGAUACAUUCAUUUUCUACAUGCACAUUCAGAGUAAUUCUGUGUAGAUUGCUAUGAGAUAAAGUCUUGUUGCAUUGUAGUUGGUUUGGCUAAGAUACGAUUAUAGUUUAUUAUAGUUGAAUAACUGGAAGACAUCUCCAGAAAGAGCACUGCUUUUUUCAAAGCACUGGUAGACAGACACUUUCUCAUUUUACCUUGAAUAUUUUUUUUACAAUACUCAUUACAGGCUCUAUUUCUAGCACGUAAUUUUAUUUUGUUUUUAAACCUUUUUAUUAAAGUAAAUUCAUACAGAAAAUGCAUAUAUCAUAAGCAUACAACUCAAUGAAUUCUCACAAACUGAGCAUACUCAGAUCAAGAACGUGAUGAGCACCCCAGAAAAACUCCUUGUGCUCCCUUCCAGGCUUUACUUGCCCUCCUCCCCACCCCCAGAUAAACACUACCCUGACCUAGUUUUGUCUGCUUGAUAGUUUAUAUGAAUGGAAUCAAAAAUUAUAUUUCAUAUUUUAGUAAUACCACUUAAGUGUCUAUCUUCUUUCAUUCACAUUUUAAAUGUGAGAGUUGUCCUUAUUGUUGAAUGUAGUUGUAGAUGACUCAUUGUCAUGUUAUAUUCUAUUCUGUGAAUGUUCUACAAUAUAUUUUUCCAUUCUCUCGUUGAUGGACAUCUGUGUUGUUUGCAGCUUGGGGCUAUUAGGUGCUGCUAUAAAUACUUAAGGACAUCGAUGGGCGAGCAUAUUUAUGAACUUCCGUUAGGUAUAUAUUUAGGAGUUGAACUGCUAGGUCAUAUGGUAUCAUCCAUCUGCUCAGCUUUAGUUUAUCAAGCCAGUUUUCUAAAGUGGCUGCACCACUGUGCACUCCCCCGCCAGCACAGUAUACGAGUUCUAGUUGCCCCACAUCCUUGUCAACACUUGGUAGUUUCCAUCUUUUUCACUGUAGCCAUUAUGGGUGGGUGUGGUUUUAAUUUUUAUUUCCUCAUCUUCCAGCCGCUCCAUAGUAUCUCCCCAAGACAGUUGACCGAUAGAUCUGAAACCCAGGCAUAGCCCUCGCAUGACUGCACCAUUUAACAUCCCAAUUAGGCAAUUAGGAAGCUUUAAUCCUGCAAAACGAAAAAGCCUAAAGUUUGAUGGUUUCAUGGGUUAAUUUCAUUAACAAUUUAAAGAGAAAUAGUAUCCACACUCCACAAAAUCUUUCAGGAGAUAGAAGAGGAACACUUGCCAACUCUAUGAAGCCAAUUAUUACCCUGAUACUUAGGCCCCCCCCCAAAAAAAAAUCACAAGAGAAGAAAUGACAGACUAACAUUCCUUGUGAAUACAGAUGUGAAAAUCCUUAACAAAAUAUAAGCAAAUUGAUGGAGUUCCCGUCAUGGCGCAGUGGUUAGCGAAUCUGACUAGGAACCAUGUGGUUGCGGGUUCAAUCCCUGGCCUCGCUCAGUGGGUUAAGGAUCUGGCGUUGCCGUGAGCUGUGGUGUAGGUCGAAGACGCGGCUCGGAUCCUGCGUGGCUGUGGCUCUGGCGUAGGCCGGCAGCUACAGCUCCAAUUCGACCCCUAACCUGGGAACCUCCAUAUGCUGCGGGAGUGGCCCUAGAAAAGGCAAAAAGACAAAAAAAGAAAUAAAUAAAUUAAAUAAAUAAAUAAACAAACAAAAUAUAAGCAAAUUGAAUCCAGCAACAGAUAAAAGGAUUAUUCAUCAUGACCAAGUGGGGUUUAUUUCCCUGAUGCAAGACUGCUUCGACAUUCAAAAAUCAGUCAGUGUAGGAGUUCCCAUUAUGACACAGCCAGAUAGGGAUCUGGCAUUGUCUCUGCAUUGGCUCCGGUCACUGCUGAGGCACAGGUUAGAUCCCCUGCCUGGCAGGGUGGGUUAAGGAUCCAGCAUUGCUGCACCUGUGGCAUAGGUCACAGCUGCAGCUAGGAUUCAAUCUCUGGCCCGGAAACUUCCCAUAUGCCAUGGAUGUGGCAAAAAAAGAAAAAAUCAGUAAAUGAAAUCUAAAUCACAUGAUCUACAGAUUCAAUACAACUUUAUCAAAUUUCCAUCAUUUUUCCCAGAAAUUAAUAAGCUAAUCCUAAAAUUUAUAUAGAAAUAGAAAAGACCAAGAAUAGCAAAAAGAAAUUUGCCAAAAAGCUAAGUGGGUGGACAGUCACCUCCCAAUUUCAAAAUUAUAGGAGUUCCCAUUGUGGCACAGUGGUUAACGAAUCCGACUAGAAACCAUGAGGUGUCGAGUUCGGUCCCUGGCCUUGCUCAGUGGGUUAAGGAUCUGGCGUUGCCGUGAGCAGUGGUGUAGGUUGCAGAUGCGGCUCGGUCCCGCGUUGCUGUGGCUCGGGCGUAGGGCGGCAGCUACAGCUCCGAUUCGACCCCUAGCCUGGGAACCUCCAUAUGCCGCGGAAGUGGCCCUAGAAAUGGCAAAAAGACAAAAGAAUUAUUAUAAAACUACACUAAUCAAGGAGUUCCCAUUGUGGCUCAGUGGUAAUGAAACCAAAUAGUAUCCAUGAGGACUCAGGUUCAAUCCCUGGCCUUGCUCAGUGGGUUAAGGAUUUGGCAUUGCUAUGAGCUGUGGUGUAGGUCCCAGAUUCAACUCGGACCUGGUGUUGCUGUGGCUGUGGUGUAGGCUGGCAGUUACAGCUCUAAUUCAACCUCUAGCCUGGGAACUUCCAUAUGCCGUGGGUGUGGCCCUAAAAAAAACCCCUACACUAAUCAAGACAGUAUGGUAUGGCAUGGAGAUAUAGCCAUGGAUCAAUGAAAUAGAGAGUCCAGGAAUAAACACUGGUACUUAUGAUAAAUAUAAUUUUUACAUAAGUGUGAAGGCAAUUCAUCAAGGAAAGAAAAGUUUAACAUUUGGCGCAGGAAUAAUUGCAUAUCCACAUACAAAAAGAAGAAUUUAAAUUUAAUAUGCUGCACUAAAAAUUAACUCAAAAUGGAUCAGAGACAUAAAAAUAAAAGGUAAAAUAGGAGUUCCCUUUGUGCUCAGUGGGUUAAGGACCCAAUACUGCCUCUGUGAGGAUGCGGAUUUGAUCCCUGGCCUCACCCAGUCGGUUAAGGAUCUGGUGUUGCCACAAGCUGUAGUUUGUAGAUACAGCUCAAAUCUGGUAUUGCCAUGGCUGUGGCACAGGCUGGCAGCUGCAGCUCCUAUUAGACCCCUAGCCCAAGAACUUACAUAUGCUGCAGGUGCAGCCAUAAAAAGAAUAAAAAAGCUAAAAUAAAAGUCUUAGCAGACAGCAUAGGAGAAAAAUCUCUAUGACCUUUUAUUAGGCAAGGUAUAUAGGACAACAGGAGCAUGACCCAUAAAGAAAAAAUGAUAAAUUAGACUUCAUAAAAACUAAAAAGAUGUUAAGCUUCAAAAAGAUACCAUUAACAGAAGUCUUCCUGUGGCACAGCAGGUUAAGGAUCUCUUGUUGCUGCAGUUGCGAUGCAAGCUCUAGCUGUGGUGUGGAUUCCAUCCAGGAAUUUCUGCCUGUCAUGGGUGCAGCCAAAAAAAAAAAAAUGCUUUUAAGAAAAAUGAAAAGGUGAUUCACAGACUGGGAGAAAACAUUUGUAAAUCAUAUAUCUGAUAAAGGGCUUGUAUCCAGAAUAUAUAAAGAACUCAUAACUUGAUAAAAGGAAGGCAAGCCACCCAGUUUAAAAUGAGGCAGAAGAAAAAAAAUUAGGUAGAAGAUUUGAAGAGAUAUUUUACCCCAAAAAUAUAUACAAAUAAGCACAUGAAGAGAUGCUCAACAUCAUUCAUUAGUCAUUAGGGAAAUUCUAACUGAAACCACAACGAAAUACCACUGUAUACGUACUAAGGGGCCGUGAUAAAAAGACAAUUGAAUGUUGGCAAGGAUAUGGAGAGUCAGGAACAUUCCUGCAUUUCUGGUGUGACUACAUUCAAAUGGUACAGCCACUUUGGAAAAGUUUGGCAGUUUCUUAAAAAGUUGAUCAUAAAUUUACCAGAGGACCCAGCAGUGCCACUCCUAUUAUCUCUCCAAAAGAUAUGUAACAUGUGUUCACACAAACACUUGCAUCUGAAUAUUCAUAACAGCAUUAUUCAUACAAAACAAAAAGUGGAGACAGUCUAAAUGCCCAUCACCUGGCAAGCAGAUAAACGAGAUGCGGUGUAUUAAGCAAUAAAAGCACAAACACUAAUUAAUACUACCCCAUAGAUGAACUUCGAAAAUAUGCUAAGGGAAAGAAGUGAGACACAAACGAUCUCAUAUCAUAUUUGCAUAUUAUGUUUGUAUGAAAUAUCCACAAAAGUAAAAUCUAUAGCCAUCUGUAGAUUAGUGGUUGUCUGGGGGUGAGAAUGGGAAUUGUCAUUAACUGUUAAUUAGUACAAGAGACCUGAUUGGGGUGAUUAAAAUGUUCUAGAACUCGAUUGUGGUGAUGGGUGUACAACUAGGUAAAUUUAAUAAAGCUCACUGAGGUGAUCCUUAAUUCCAUUCCUGCUGAAGCAUCUGGAGUCCUUGCCAUAACAUCUGUUGCCACCUAUAUCUGGAAUGAAGGGUUGUCUUGGAACCUGUUAUACAGCUGAGAAUAAACUUUUGUUUAAAAAAAAGAUCAUUGAACUAUACAAUUUAAAUAUGGAACCUAAAUUGGAUCUCAAUAAAGUUUCUUUUUCAGAGUU